AUGCAGAAACCCGCCAUUCUGGAUGUAUAUGGUAGCCUGUUGGUUCUAUCAGCUGCAUUCCGUAAUCCAACCAUUUACAUCUACUUGGAUGAGGAACUACUCCAAAAACUCUUCCACAAGACGAUACAGCCUUUGCGACAGUCAGCUACGACAACGAGUGCACUGCGAACUGAUAUGCACGUCCUUGAAGGCCUACAGAGUGAUCCUUUCAGCUACGAUCCGAGGACCAACUCCAGCUUCUCGAGCCGCACGAGCUCACCUGGCUACCGUACUCCAGGACCUGUUCCCAUGGCCGCGCCGCUUCAGAUACCGCAUCAGAUGGACGAUCAAGGAUACCUACGAUCUAUGCCCCAUUACUUACAGAUGAACUCAUCGUACCGGCUGUGGUAG